AGCGAAAGCGGUCUGUGGCCAAGCGGUGCCCUGUGAAGCGCGUGCGCUGCGCUGUGAGCACGCCCCGCGAUCCGGAGCGUGAAUUUACAAAGCGCGGGCCGGAGCGAGAGGCCGCGGGCGAGAGAGCCUGCCCACCACCAGCCUGGCUCGUUUGCUGGGCUGCCCUGGCCUGGAGCACCUGCCAGACCCUCCUCGUUUGGUCCAAACAAGGAUACAAGGAGGGUGGCACCCCACUCCCUCCAAAGCCCUGCCCUUUCUGGGAGCCCGCCCUCAGGGCCUGGAGGAGGGUCCUGUCCAACUGGUCCAGUGUGGACCUGCGGGCAGCGCCACUGCGUGGUGACAGCCGGGCGCACAGGGCCCCUGGGCCACGUGCAGCCGCCCAGGGCUUCCAGGAGCCCACGUGCAAACGCCAGGACAGACAUCUGACAUACCGAUGCACCACCUAA